AUGCGGGGCAGGGUCGGCCCCUGCGGGGGGUCGGGCUCUGGGGCCUGCGGAGGCGUUGGGGGGGCCGUGUCGUCGGCUUCGUCGCCCGGUGGGGCCGGCGGGGGCCUGUCGAUGUUCCGGUGGCUGGAGGUGCUGGAGAAGGAGUUCGAUAAGGCCUUCGUGGACGUGGACCUGCUUCUUGGCGAGAUAGACCCUGACCAAGCGGACAUCACCUAUGAGGGGAGGCAGAAGAUGACCAGCUUGAGCUCCUGCUUUGCCCAGCUUUGCCACAAGGCUCAGACGGUCUCCCAGAUCAACCACAAGCUCGAGGCCCAGCUGGUAGAUCUGAAAUCAGAGCUGACAGAAACACGAGCUGAAAAAGCAGUAUUAGAAAAAGAGGUGCAUGACCAACUGCUACAACUCCACGCCAUUCAGCUUCAGCUCCAUGCCAAGACCGGUCAGAGUGUUGACUCAGGAGCAAUAAAGGCAAAACUGUCUGUCCCUUCUGUGGAGGAUAUGGAAAGAGAACUUGAAGCCAACAAGAAAGAAAAAGUGAAAGAAGCUCAGCUCGAAGCUGAGGUGAAGCUGCUUAGGAAAGAAAAUGAAGCUCUUCGCCGACACAUAGCUGUGCUCCAGGCUGAAGUAUAUGGGGCAAGACUUGCAGCCAAAUACUUAGAUAAAGAGCUAGCAGGAAGGGUUCAGCAAAUUCAGUUGCUAGGUAGAGAUAUGAAGGGGCCUGCUCAUGAUAAACUCUGGAACCAGCUGGAAGCAGAAAUCCAUCUGCAUCGGCACAAAACUGUGAUCAGAGCAUGCCGGGGACGUAAUGACCUAAAGCGACCAAUGCAAGCACCCCCAGGACAUGACCCAGAUUCCUUAAAGAAGAGUCAAGGAGUUGGUCCAAUCAGAAAAGUUCUCUUGGUGAAAGAAGAUCAUGAAGGACUGGGCAUUUCAAUUACCGGUGGAAAGGAGCAUGGUGUUCCCAUCCUAAUCUCUGAAAUUCACCCGGGUCAACCUGCUGAUCGAUGCGGAGGGCUGCAUGUUGGAGAUGCAAUUCUGGCGGUAAAUGGAAUUAAUUUGAGAGAUGCCAAACAUAAAGAAGCUGUAACUAUUCUUUCCCAACAGAGAGGAGAAAUUGAGUUUGAAGUUGUGUAUGUUGCUCCAGAAGUAGACUCAGAUGAUGAAAAUGUAGAAUACGAGGAUGAGAGUGGUCAUCGCUAUCGUUUGUAUCUUGAUGAAUUGGAAGAAGGUGGAAAUUCAGUUUCCAGUAGAAAGGAUGGCAGUGGAGAUGUCAGAUCCUUGCAAGUGUUUGAUAAGAAAGCAAGUACUGGUGGCCAUGAAAAUGGAGACCUAGGAAAUUCAGUUGAAACUGAAGAAACUGUAUCUAAACUAGCCCAGUCUGCUGAGAGCUUAGCCUAAGAGAACAAACACACAAAAGCGGCACAAUCAUCAGUGGGACCGGUCCCUUCCUCAAGAUAGAUUGUGUAGACUGUUCUACAUUCUGAAUGCCACAGAAGGUUUUAAAGAAGAAUUAUUUAAAAGGUAAAAAGAAGAUGCAUUACUGUUGCCUGAAAAAAACUGUUCUGUAGAUUACCUCAGGGCUUCGUUAUAAGCAAAUCUAAACAUGUAAAUCUCCCAUUUUUUUCUAAGAAGUUGCAUGUCCAAUGACUUUCCCUUGAAAUAUAAGCACCAAAGCAUGUUGUUUCCAAAGGCUUUUCCUAAAGUCAACUUUGGAUCUUGUUUGUGAAAAAGGUCUGGAACGAGGCAAAGAGGCUUUGACUACUGGUUCCUAUGACAGUUAACAAAAGGAGAGAAUUGGCCUCCCUUUCGUAGUGAAAUAGCCUUCAGCUGUCAUAUAGAAGGAGGACAUGAACUCAGCAUGGACUCAUGGACUUACCUACUUAAUUGUUUUAAAGUGCAUCUUGUAAAACAGUGAACAGCAAAAUGUCUGCAGAUUUUCACAAUACACGAUUUUGCUUUAAAACAUACAUGUACAAGUCACUUAGGCUGUUAAAUAUUUAUUGUGAAGUUUAAUCUAUGAAUUGGGUCUCACUGAUUCUUUUAUUCAUGGUAUCUAUCAGCAUUAUUUAAUGCACUAUAUACCUAUGUUUUCCUUUAAGCAGUUUCUUGCCGAUCAAUGCUGGUUUAGAAAUAUUCUCCAAAAGGUAUUUAACAGAAUACUGCCAGAUUUGUUUUCAUAUGCAAGAUUAGUAUAAACCUGGCCUUUUGAAAUUACGUCUGUCCUAGACUGUUUUAUGUUAGCCUCGUACAUUCAUACCAUUAUAUCUGAGUUUAGUCAGGGUGGAUUCCAACGACUGUUCUUUCUACUACAAAGUGGUUUUCACAGUUGCUGCACAGUGGUUUUCUGUGCACUGGGUUGUCUGAAGGGACCCAGUUCCUGGCAGACUUGUAAUUGUACUGGGCUUUUGAUACUAUGCAAAAAUUUGCCGUCUUCAAAACAUCAUAGUACAUGAAUUCAUUGACCAUUGUUUCUCUUCAGACUGCCCAGUUUCACUUACAGCCCAUCCACUUUAUAUAUAGUACUGUUCAGGGUGGGUGGAAUGGAAUUUCGAGUGCAUUCUUAGUCAUACCUUUGUUAGUAUGUUCUUUAUAGGCAUGAUUCUAUGGGAGGUUUUAAAUAUGACAGCUUAGGCUAGUUUUCCACUAAACUUUUCAGUAACAGCAGUGGAUUCACAUAAUGUUUAGCAUGGCAGGGCAUAAGUGAUUGGGCACAUAAGUGUUAAAUCUGUAACAAAGCAGUCACGUUUACUGUAACAACUCAUAUCUGGGUUAUGGUUUGCCAUGCCAUUGUUCCCACCUGCCUUUUGAAGACUUCUGGCAGUGUGAUAAAGAAAAUGACCAUUUAUCAUAGUCCUUUAAAAAUCCUUCCUGAUAUGUCUAACCACGUGGAAUGCCAAUAGUCUGAAUACUCCAGAUACAUGGAAUGGUGUUCUCCCCAGCUCUGGGAAGCAGAAUGUGGCAGCAGUUGUUUCACUAAAUGGCAGAAUGCUGUAGGCAGCCAGUACUCUCUUGUGGCUGAAGUUGUUGUGAGGUGUUUUACAGCUAUGGUGGGCAUCAUUGUUUCCAACUAUAAAUUCAGUAUUUACCAUGUUCAUGCUAUGCUAUGAGGGUUAUUAAAUCGUCCCUAAGUAAGUAGGAACUGAGUGCAUCCUGUAUUUUGCUGGGAGGCACUCGGGAUUGGGAACCAAAUUUGUUACGGUAUAAGCACCCUAGUGCUUUAUAGAAAUACUUCUUUUAUUUUUUUUAAACAAGGUUCAUUUAGAAUAUUGCAUAAUGGAUGUAUAUAUAUCAGAAGGCCCAAGGUAUUUUAAGAAUACAGUGAUAUUAAGGAUGAUUGUCUUGGCUAGGUUCUGUUGUGUGUGUGUGUGUGUGUGUGUGUGUGUGUGUGUGUGUGUAUAUAUAUUAUUAGAAUGCACACUCUCCAUAUACCAAUUGUUAAAAAAAUGUAAUAUCUUUUAUUAUUAUAGAAAAAAGCAUGAAAUGCCUGCUUUCCCAUUCACUGUGCUGCAGGCCAUUAAACUAUACUGUGUAAAAAUGUAUUUUGAGAGUGGAAAUAAUGUAAAAUUACAGCUUUGCAAGUGUUUUUUUCUAUAGAAUGUACAUAAAUGGAGACAGUCAAAGGCCUUUCGAGUACCGUCAGUUAACCUUAUAUUUAAUGUUAAAAAGUUGCAUUGUAGAACACAUUUACAUGUGUCUCACCUAGGUACACUAUAUAUAUAUGUUUAUAGAGAGGUCUUUAAAAUGUAAAUACUUUAUGCAAAGAUUUUGCUAUUUAUAAAUUCUAUAACAGUUGCUCAUACAGUAAUGUUUGUUUGUGUCAUUCCAUUCA